GUCGUGCCGGGGGUGUUGGGUUGCUUUCGCGACGUUCAAAUAGUUGAUCUUUGUCUGCUAGCGUGGUCGUGACAUCUCGCGCGAACGCUGCGAUCACUUUUGCGCAGAACGCGCGCGCCCGCUCUGCUCCCUUGCGCGCAGUUUCAACGUUUCUGUCUGCCGUAUCACCCACUCGAAGUUGUGUGUUUCGGUACGGUGAUUCUACACGAAGAACGUGGAUUUUUAAAAGCAAUCCCCUUCAACGCCGAAAAACAUAGAUCUAAAUCAUCUGUGACAUCAGUGUUUAAGUCUUCGAUUGAAGCUCACUCAUCCGUUGGCGAUCUAAAGCCAGGGGGCACAUAUCCCUAGGCACAAUCUCAGACAAACCCAGAAUAGGAACCCAUCCACUGAGUGCAAACAACAACGCCACAUCCGCUCUCCUCUCGGUUCCGGUGUGAAAACCGGUGUGAUACGAAUCAUCCCGCAGGAGCAUCGUACACCACCAGCGGCCGUCAAAAUGUUGAUCGAGUUGAGCGUGAAGCAGAAAUUUCUGACACUGUGCGGCAUCACAGCUGCCGCCAUGGCCGCAUCAUUAGCGAUCGGACAAAGAUUGAUACCGCAGUCGAUACUGACCGGUGUCGUUUUUUACCUCAUUUCCGGCGAACGGCCGUCCACCGUGUACGCGUCCAUCGUGUCGCUGCCGCGGGACAUACGCACGGCCAUAAUUUUCCUGAAGCUUAACCUCUGCCUGUACCGGUACGAGCGGGCCGGUGCCACGGUCGUGCAGAUCUUCGAGCGUGUGGUCGCCCGCCAACCGAACAAGGUAGCGUUCCUGAUGGACGAUGGGCAGCUUACGUUCGCCCAGGUGAAGCAGCUGGCCGACCGGGUGGCGGCCCACUUUUACGCGAAAGGUUUCCGCAAGGGCGACACGAUUGCGCUGCUGAUGGAGACGCGGCUCGAGUAUCCGUGCAUCUGGCUCGGCCUCUCGAAGGUCGGCAUCGUGACGGCGCUGAUCAAUUCGAACCUGCGGAAGGAAACGCUGCGUCACUCGAUAACGGUGGCUAAUUCGAAGGCAAUCAUCGUCAGCACGGAGCUGGCCGGAGCGAUCGCCGAAAUAAACGAGCAGGAAGGCAUAAAAGGCUUGCCGGUACAUCUAUUCCGCUCCGACGGUGCCCCGGACACCGCCAGCAGCAGCAGCACCAGCAGUGACCCAUUGCCAGAUGCCGAAGAUUUAAGGCUCAGCUUGGAUAGUAGCGGCAGCAGUCGCUCAAACGUAGAUUUAAGCGCUAUCCCGAAUGAUAUAUCACCGAAAGAUAAAUUGGUUUACAUCUAUACGUCCGGCACGACCGGUAUGCCGAAGGCGGCCGUCAUCACGAACCUGAGGUACACAUUCAUGGCCCUGGGCUGCUACUACAUGCUGAGCUUCCGCGAUGACGACAUCAUUUAUAAUUCAUUGCCGCUGUACCAUUCGGCGGGCGGUAUGAUCGGUGUCGGCAGUGUGCUGCUGUGCGGUGUGACCGCCGCCCUGCGCAAAAAGUUCUCCGCUUCCAACUUCUGGACGGACUGCAUCCGGUACAAGUGCACGGUGGCACAGUAUAUUGGGGAAAUCUGUCGCUUCGUGCUGAUGACACCGCCGAAACCGACCGACACCCAGCACAGCGUGCGGCUAAUGUUUGGCAACGGUUUGCGGCCCCAGAUUUGGCCCCAGUUUGUGUCGCGCUUCAACAUUCAGCAGAUCGGCGAGUUUUACGGCUCCACCGAAGGCAAUUCCAACUUGUUGAACAUCGAUAACACGAUGGGAGCGGUCGGUUUCGUUCCCAACUUCGCCAAAGCCAUCUAUCCCGUAACGCUGAUAAGAUGUGAUGAAGAAACGGGUGAGAUUAUCCGCGGCUCGGAUGGGUUCUGCAUUAAGUGUAAAGCGGGCGAGCCGGGCGUUUUCGUCGGGAAAAUCAACCCGAAGAAGGCACUGAACUCGUUCGUUGGGUACGCGGACAAGGCAGCCUCGGAGAAGAAGGUACUGCAUGACGUGUUUCGCAAGGGCGACAUUUUCUUCAACUCUGGCGACAUUCUGGUGCAAGAUUUGCUCGGCAACUAUUACUUCAAGGACCGAACGGGCGAUACGUUCAGAUGGCGCGGAGAGAACGUUGCCACAUCGGAGGUUGAAGGAGUCAUCACCACGAUCGUCGGUUUGAAGGACUGUGCUGUGUACGGUGUUGAUAUCCCCGAAACAGAGGGCAAAGCCGGCAUGGCUGCCAUCGUCGACCCGGAGGGCAAGGUGGAUCUGGAGCAGCUUGCGGCCGGCAUUCGCGCUAGCCUGCCCGCGUACGCCCGGCCACUGUUUAUACGCGUCCUGUCCGAGGUGCCGAUGACGACGACGUUCAAGCUGAAGAAGCGCGACCUGCAGGUGGACGGGUACGAUCUGGGGAAGAUACAGGAUCCGAUCUAUUUCCUGCAAAGCAACGGCACCUACCGACGGUUUACGGCGGACGAUCACGAAACGAUCAAGAGCGGCAAGGCGAGGCUAUAGUGAGGCUAUGGUGGGGCUGGAGUAGACAGGCUUUGUAAAAAGACGGGCGAUAUGUGCGUGAAGCGAUUCCAUUAGUUGGGUGUGUGUUUUUUUCUCUUUUAGCGUAGGUGUACUGUAACGGUACGAUCAACACAAAAAACAAAACAAAACAAGAAAAACUAAACAAACCAAAUAAUAAGGAAAAACAAUGGACUGAAAUUUCUAUCUUUGAAGAUACUGAAUCCCCUUCGUAUCUAAGAGCAGCACACAAUCUCGAUUGAAAGGAGUGGGAGAGACAGAAGGAGAAGAGAAAUUAGUCUCUAAUAUCGUUUGUAGGACACGUUUUUUUGCUGCAUUUUGUAAUUCAUGCUCGACAGUUGGUUGCGCCAACCUGGUAAGAAAGCUUAACCAGUAGCGAUAGUAAUAAAGCUAAUAGUGUCUAUAUUCGUACAAUACUCAA